AAUAAAAGCGUCAGCAAAAUUCGGGAGACGCAGUCAGCUCGGAAAAAUAAGUAGCCUAGCUUAAUAGAAAACAGCGCUUUCUCAAAAAAUAAGGUGAACAUUGACGUUUUGCACACACAUAGGUCUACACGAGUCAUACAAACACCCCUCUUAAGACUUGGACCGACAUGAAAUAACAUAAUAAGUGCUUUCAUAUAAACACCACGAACUCUUUUUGGUCCGAUCGGUGAUCGUUUACCACUAGUAGUGAAGGAUUCAUCAAUAUAUGGCUGGUCGUGCUCAAAGUUCAAAGUCUGCUGGAUGCCGAGCAGUGUUUGUGUGUGAACGCCCAGAGCUUAUAAAGCUCAGAGAAGGACUGAGUUGCCUCAAUAGCGAGUCUGAACCCUCUCGGUACACUGUAGGCGGACUAUAGGACUGCAGGAGGACUAUAGGACUGCAGGAGGACUAUAGGACUGCAGCUGUCACCACGAUGUCUGACGGACGUAGCCUGGUCUACCUGGUGACCGGAGGAUGCGGCUUUCUCGGCCGCCACCUGCUCGGCGUGACGCUGGAGAAGGAGAAGCGGGUGUGUGAGAUCAGGCUCUUCGACAAGGUGGUGGACCCCCGUCUUACCGAGCAGAGCACAGACGGGGUGCAGGUGACUGUGCUCCAGGGGGACAUCACGGACUACCUCAGCGUACGGGAGGCCGUGCGCGGGGCCGACGUGGUCUUCCACUCUGCCAGCCUGGUGGACGUCUGGCACAAGGUGUCCCCGGCGGUCAUCCACGCCGUCAACGUCACAGGAACAGAGAACGUGAUCCAGGCGUGUGUGGAGCUUGGGGUCCAGUAUCUGGUCUACACCAGCAGCAUGGAGGUGGUGGGCCCGAACGUCAAAGGAGACCCCUUCAUCAGGGGAAACGAAGAGACGCCCUACAACAUUGCUCACGCCAUGCCCUACCCCCGGAGCAAGGCGGAGGCGGAGCGCAUCGUGGUCCGAGCGAACGGCACGGAGGUGAGCGGCGGUAAGACGCUGCACACCUGCUCCCUGCGGCCCACCGGGAUCUACGGAGAGGAGCACCAGCUCAUGAAGGACUUCUACGACAAGAGCGUGCAGGCGGGGGGCCGGCUCAUCCUGGGGGUCCCCAAGAACACGGAGCACGGCCGGGUCUACGCAGGCAACGUGGCCUGGAUGCACCUGCUGGCGGCGCGGGGCCUGAUGGAGGAGCCGCAGACGGUGGGCGGCCAGGCGUACUUCUGCUAUGACGACUCGCCCUACAAGAGCUACGAGGACUUCAACCUGCAGUUCCUGUCGGCGUUCGGCUUCAGCCAGGUGCACGUCCCCCUGGCGGCGCUCUGGUUCCUCGCCGUCCUCAACGACGUGCUGCGCUGGCUGCUGCGGCCCGUGUGUCGGUGGGCGCCGCUGCUCAACCGCUACACGCUGGCCGUGGCGUGCACCUCCUUCACCGUGAGCUCGGACAAGGCGCGGCGCCACUUCCGGUACACGCCGCUCUUCAGCUGGGCGGAGUGCCGGGCACGCACGCAGGCCUGGGUCGACACGUUCCCGGGCCUCGGCGCCAAGAAGGACUCCUGACCCCGACCCUGACCCCGACCCUGACCCCGACCCUGACCCUGACCCCGACCGAACGCAAUAAUUGUGGCUGCAACGCGCACGCACGCACGCACGCACGCACGCACGCACGCACACACACACACACACACACACACACAUACACAUACACACACACACACACACACACACACACACACACACACACACACACACACACACAAGAACACACACACACACACGAACACACACGAACACGAACACACACACACACAGACAGACAGACAGACAGACAGACAGACAGACAGACAGACAGACAGACAGACCCCCCCCCCCCCCCCACACAGCUACCCCGUCUGUAUGUGGGAUGCAGUUUGCACACUUCAAAUAGCCGUAUUGGAUUCAGUGCAAUCGUCCGUUGAGUCUCAUGGCCUUAGGGACUGUCUGAAUGGUGAAUUCAUCCUUUCAGUCCCGACUCAGGAUCUGCACAUUUUCUCUGUUCCUUAUUUUUAUACAGUCUAUUUUCAUGCUUUUCAAACUCAACCGUUUCUAAGAUGACGAUGUUAAGGUGACAUGAAUGCUAUUAAAUUAACUAAUUAUUACCUAUAAUAAUAGGUAAUAAUAACAAUGAAGUGUCAUGUAUCUUCUAUAUGCCUCAGUAUAUCUUCUAGAAUAAUCAAAUAUUUAAAUAUAGCUAUAUGAAUAGUAUAAUAAAUAUAAUAUAUUCGCCUCUUCA